AUGGAAGACGGCUUCCAGGUUAUCGUGAAGAUUCCUUACCAGAUCUCGGUUCCAAAAACAUAUGCUACAGCUAGCGAAGCUGCAACACUUACAUUCCUUCGCUCAAAGGACAUACCUGUCCCCGAGGUCUACGGCUGGGCUUCGACGACGGAUAACCCCGUUGGCAUUGAGUAUAUUAUUAUGGAGAAACUCUUUAACAUUCCCUUUGCCUCAACUGGGAGCUUAUACUUCAAAUCGGAUAUACCACCACACCUACAACAGAAACUCUACGCACCAGGUAUACCGGAUAGAGAAGAUGACUCCAAAACCUACUGCAUAGGACUCACUACAGAUUACAUGUUUUGGUAUGGGAAACGAGCUGAACUUCAGCUUGAUCGUGGGCCAUUUCAAAGGGGAUAA